AUGGCGGCGGCGGGGCUGGCUCCGGUCACGAUAGUCUGGCUCUUGGUGGGACUGGCCGGAGAGGCGACGAGUGCACUGCAGAGCUGGUGCGGGUGCCGGCUGGGCUGCGGAGGGCGGCGGCGACGGCAGCGUCAGAACAGCUACGCGAGGCUGGCGCGGCGCCCCCACGCGGGCGCAGCCCAAUGCGCUCGCACCCCUCGGAGUCAGGCGGUGCGUGGGCGGAGGGCGGCGAGGGGGAGAUGCUAUCCAGACCAGGGGACGUGGGGUAGGGGCCGGAAGCAAGGAAAGUGGGCACCAAAGGUCUCAGAUGUGCGACAGAGGCUGGAGAGGUGCACCCAUGGGAGGACGGUGGGAAGGAGCGCGCGAAGGGGUGGGGGCCCCCCAAGUGCUGCAUUUCUGAAGGAGGUGCUAAGCGGACGUCCUGGCCCGUCCCACCUCGCAGCCACCACAAAGAGGGAGGAGUUCGGUGUGGGCUGGCUCUUGAAGGUCCUCACCCUCGGAACUAUCUUCCAGAGUCCCCAAGCUGUGCGGGCCCGGAUCCUCUGGCUAACCAUCAGGACAGGAACUGGCAUUAGCUGUGCCCAGCACCUAAAGAAUUCUCUUCUCCAGUGUUCACUGGCUUGCCUCUCACCCUCCUUAGCUUGUACCCAAACGCCACUCCUUUGGCACUUCCAGGCAGUCUUAUGAAUGGCCUAAGACAGCUCUUAGGACCAGAGGAAGCCUCAGGCUGAGAAGAAUUGUGAACUGGGCAUUGGCCAAUGGACUCUGGAACUGUCUACCAAGGCUUGACAUCAGCUAAGAGGGAGCAAUGUGUGGGGAGGCCUUACAUCCUUCCUGAGGCCAUCACUGAACCACCCAGAACCUUACCCAGACGGCUUCAGGAUCCUUGUCAUCGUGGUGUUUGAAACAGUCACGUGUUCUUUGGGGAUGUUCACAAUGAAGUCUGUUUGAGGCUCUGCGUCUCCAUGUGUGCAUGGAGAAGCCCCCAGGGCAAUGGGGGAGGACAGGCCAGAACAGUGAGUGAUGGUUUGUGUACUGAUACAGCCUGGCACUUGUCAGGGACUGUACAGAACCAAUGCUGAGACAAGGCCUGACCUUUGACUGUGGGGCUGACCUUCGGGCAUCUGGGUCUCAUCAGAGAAGGGUCUUUCUUCAGCCAUACAUUCCUGCAGGAAACCGACAGAGCAGAUGGCCUGGUCGAGGGAGGCAGGCAGGGUUUAUCAGAGAGCAAUCCCAUCUGAUUGUGUCCAAGCUGCUUCCUGCACAGCCUGAGCAGAGGAAUCCUGUCCAGAUGGAGCUGCCAGGGCUGCAGCUGCUGGAGGUCUUGGCAGAGUGUGCCUGGCCUCCUGCUUGCUCCCCAGUCUUGUGUCUUCCUGGGUGGCCCCAGCAGGAUG